GGAUCAUUUGUAGAGGGGUCACACCUCUGAGAUGCUGUCUAGUAUGGUAUCAAAUUCUUGGGUUUCUGUAGCCUGAGGUUGAUGGGAGGCGCUGUGAUUGAGGAAUCGGCACUGGGACUGAACUCCAGCCGCUGCCGAGCUUAUUGUGGAGCGGAUACAAUGUAGCUGCUGAUGCGGCAGCGACUUCCAGCAGCUCCCGAAUGAUUUGAUCGGGGAAAGCGCUGAAUAGCCUGGGCUUGGCCUGGCCAAUACACCCGCUGCUGGGCUGUUCCGGGUGAGGUGAGGAAUGGAUACCUUGGGUGGAAGCUCCAAAGGCAAUUCAUUGGCAAAUAUGGAGUUUGAUCAGCCAUUUAUAUUCACCUCUCUGAGAAAACUGGCUGCACCCAGUCACACAGAUGUCACCUUGUCCCCACAAGAGCGAGUGAGGGCCCUCACCAAAAUGGGUUGCAACAUAGAAAUCAGUGAGGACAUUACUCCCCGCCGCUACUUCAGGUCUGGAGUCGAGAUGGUCCAAAUGGCAUCUGUUUACCUGGAAGAGGGAAAUCUAGAAAAUGCUUUCGUCCUUUACAACAAGCUUAUAACUUUGUUUGUAGAGAAAUUGCCAAAGCAUCGUGAUUACCAAACAUGUGCAAUCCCAGAGAAGCAGCAUAUUCUGAAAAAAUUAAGAGAAGUUGCGUUUCCAAGAGCAGAGGAGCUGAAGACACAGCUUAUUGCUAAAUAUGGUGUGGAAUACAAAGAAUAUCUGACUGCCCAGAGCAAAGCUAAAGAUGUUGAUUUGGAAAGACAGCAACAAAAUAAGUUGAUUGAGGAGGAAAAAUUGCGUGUGGCCAGGAUUCGGCAACAGCAGUUGGAGGUGCAGCAGUUCCAUUUCUUUGAAGAGCAGCUGAAAAGGCAAGAUUUUCUGAAGGAGAAACAGAAAGAGCUAAAGCUGAGAAUGUCGGAGCAAAGUGAUGGCGGGAUGUUAACCUGCACUGCUGCUGCCCAUGAAAAAACCGAGCCUUCCAUCCCUCCUUGGCGCGCAGUAAAUGCUGCCGGCCAGGUGCCAAGCGAUACCCAACCAGGAUGGUGUCCUCCAGUGGACAGGUCCCUUAAACCGCAGAGCGCCACUGCUGGACAGAGUGUCGAUGGGCUUCAACAUGUCGUCCUUCCUAAAAACCUUUGCCAUAAGUUUUUGAUGCAAGCUGAUGCUAAUACUGCACGAGGAAUAGAAACCUGUGGAAUUCUUAGUGGAAAGCUGACACAUGAUGAGUUUAUAAUUACACACGUGAUAAUACCCAAACAGUCUGGGGGACCAGAUUACUGUGACACUGAGAAUGAAGAGGAACUGUUUACUAUUCAGGAACAACAUGACCUCAUCACUCUGGGCUGGAUCCAUACUCAUCCGACACAGACUGCAUUUCUAUCAAGUGUGGAUCUUCAUACUCACUGCUCUUACCAGCUGAUGUUGCCAGAGGCCAUUGCAAUAGUUUGUGCUCCAAAGCACAAUGAAACUGGAGCCUUCCGGCUGACUCCUGCAGGAAUACAGGAGGUGUCCGCCUGUCGAAAGAAAGGGUUUCACCCACAUUCUAAGGAACCAGCACUAUAUCAAACUUGCAAGCACAUCGUUGUAAAAGAUAUGAAUAUAAUCAUCUUGGACAUGAGGUGACAACGUGAGCCUACUACAUUCUUGAAACCUGUAUAAAUUAUUUCUACUGUAAGAAUAAACAAUAUGUUUCCUUCAAGUUUUUAUGACCAGUUUCAGCCAACUGGAUUAUUUAACACUCUUUUUGUACAUUCGGGUUAAAUAAGUUAUACCGGUGGUUAAUAUUUCUUUUUGAAAUGCACCAAGUAUUUCACUUGUAUAAUGUGAAAUUACAAAUGCUAGUUAUCCAAAAGAAAGUGUUUAUAAAAUUGAACCUGAACUACACUCAGAAGCCAAUAAAUGCAGUUUGUUUCUUUGG